AUGGAAGAUGACCAGUUUAGGCGGCGCCUGAUAAGGUUUUAUGAAGUACAUAAUCCUUCGUGUCUUUCUUCUGUAGAUGCCAUUUGGCAGACGUACCGUGGCCGAGAAGAAGACAUUUUUAGAGUGUUAACUGACAAGUAUGGGCCCGAGCCGGUUUUAGAGGAGGAAAAUGGGGAAUCUUUGAGGACACAAGUGCGUGGAUCAAACUCUUCCAUAGAUGGGUUAUCCAUACCUCAGAAGAAUUUGCACCUGCAAAAUCAAUUUAAAGAAAGGCCAGAGAGUUCGCAAAAUCUGAAAGAUUUCGCGUUGCCGAAGGCGGAAUCCCCCUUGGCCUUAAAUUUGAUGGAUGUCAAUGAGGCAAAAAGGGUGCAUUAUCCUCAACCAACAACUACCAAAACUGAAAAAAGUCGCAAUCUGAGAGAGAAAUUGAUUGAGUUUUACCAGCAAUACAAUAAGUCCAUGGUACCUUUUGUGGAUGAGGUCAUUGAAAAUUACAAUGACAAUGAGGGACAUAUGUUUGAGGAUCUCAAGCGUCAGUACAAGGAUUCAAUGGAUUUGGUCUUGCCAGUGAGUUCUUCUUCCAAGGAAGACCUGAAUGCCGUGAUGAAACGUCUUAGCGACGCGCUGGAAACCAAAACAGCUGAGACCCUUGCAAUAAAAAAGGAUAAAGAGCACCUUGUAAAAGAAUUAACCGCGGCCAAUAAGCUACUAGAGGCAAGCCAAUUAAACGAGAAACAUUUGAAGACGCAAUUGCUAGCUGCUAAAGAGCAACUCCAGGGGUGCCACGGCAGCGCUGAACUAGAAGUUAAAAAUGCGGAGGUGGUAGCGCUGCAAAAAGAUAAGGAAAACCUUGCAAAAGAGCUCGCUAUGACAAAUAAACUUUUGGAAAGUGCUCAGGAAAAAGAGAAAUUGUUGAGGUCACAAUUGCUAGCUACUGAAGAGAUCUUGAGAUCAAGAGAAGAAAUUAUUUCAAAUGAUGCCCGUCAAAGGGAUAAAGAGCAGAUUAGAGAGAACAGUUUGCAAGCAGAAUUGUCGUCACUGAGAAAGGAAUGUUCUGGUCUGCGUUCUUCUGUUUUUAAUUCGGGGAAUCGGAUUCGUGUUUUGGAAGUGGAAAAGAAACAACUUCUUGAGGAACUGAAGGAAGCAGAGAAACGCAUUAUUGAUGUAGGGGAUAUGCUCUCAAAAGAGCAUCAAAAAAAUCUCUCAUUACUCGAAGAGGUUGGUAGACUGAGACUUAGCACUGGAGGAGCUCUUAGUGAGGCUGCUUUCACAUCUAUUGUUAAUGAUAUUGAGAAACAGUUUUCAGAACACUAUGAAAAGAAAUUGGGACAAUGCAGGGAAGAAAUGAAUGAUUAUUAUGUUUAUGCAGAAAAUCAGUUGCGUCGUCGUGACGCUCUUAUUGCAGAAUUAAGUAAUAAUCUUUGA